AACGACUAGCGACUGUGUGGGAAGACAGAGGGAGAGGAGGGGCUUAAAAAGUAUGAACUUGUGUAUGAUUUAGCUGCAGGAAACAUUAAGAAGGGGAACGACUGCAAACAGGACGUGGUGCUUUCAUUUCUUUUUAUUUAAGGCGUCAGUAAGGACGAGCUGCUCUUCUUACUUCUCCCAGGGUGACUUUUUGCCCACCGGUCACACUUUUUUCUACUGAUCUCCCUCAGUUCGGAGACUUGUUAAAAAAAUCCGCACCUUCAACUUGUGCUGUUUUUCUCUCUCUGCUGUGCGUAAUUUGUGUCUUGGAUCGAAAAGACGGCGACAGCACAACAACACGAGGACUCGGAAUCCCCUCAGAAGAUAACAGUAACCAUUGGAAAAAUGAAAACCCUCUUGGAUUUCUGCUUAAUUUUCCUCACGCUGCACACUCCCGGCGUGCUGUCCUUGUCCACACAUGUAGCAAUUAUCUACCCCCAGGACCCAGUGCUUCGCAUGGGGUCCAACCUGACCGCCAGCUGCUGGGUCCACCCUGACCUCGGUGUCCAUGCCAGCUCGCUGUUCUGGACGCUAAACGGUCAACAGCUGCCAAGCUCCCUCUACAGAGUUCUGAGCCCGACCAACCUUAGCGUGACGCUGGCUGGACUCAAUGCCUCAAGGCAAACGUCUGGUGACAACCUCGUCUGUCACAACCACAAGGGACACAUAUUGGCUGGCUCCUGUCUUUAUGUUGGGAUGCCUCCAGAGAAGCCGGUCAAUCUGACCUGUUGGUCCAGGAACACCAAAGACCUGACUUGCAGCUGGGCUCCUGGAGGAAAAGGAGAGACUAAUAUCAGUACACAGUACAAACUCAAGUACAAACUUAGAUGGUACGGUACAGAGAAAGAGUGUGUGGAUUACACUCAUACUCAGCCGUACUCCUGCAGCAUCACCCAGGACCUGCAUCUCUUCACACCCUACGAGAUCUGGGUGGAGGCCUCCAACCAGCUGGGUCAGGCUACUGCUGAUGUCAUCACCCUUGACAUCCUAGACGUUGUGACCACAGAUCCUCCGUCAGGUGUGGCUGUCAGUCGUGUUGGCCAGUUGGAGGACCAGCUUAGUGUUCGCUGGGAAGCACCGCCCGCCCUCAAAGACUUUCUGUUUCAGGCCAAGUAUCAGAUCCGUUACAGGCUGGAGGACAGCCAAGACUGGAAGGUGAUGGAUGACGUUGGGAAUCAGACAUCAUGUAGACUUGCUGGACUGAGACCUGGAACAGUGUAUUUUGUCCAGGUUCGAUGUAACCCUGUGGGCAUCUACGGCUCUCGCAAAGCUGGGAUCUGGAGCGAGUGGAGCCAUCCCACAGCUGCUUCCACACCCCACAGCGAGCGUCUCAUGUCGGGCUCCUGUGACCCAAAGUCUAGCGCAGACUCCAACUCCACCCUGCGUAGGGAGCUGAAGCAGUUCUUCGGCUGGGUGCGGAAACACGCCUACGGCUGCAGCAGCAUGUCUAUGAAGUUGUACGAUCAGUGGAGGGUGCUGAUGCAGAAAUCCCACAAAACCCGCAACCAGGUAGGUUCUCCAAGGGGAUAAAUCAUAGCACAUGCUGGUUUUACAAGCAAGAAAGAAAAGAACUGAGUGAGUUUUUGUCUAUAUGUGUGAAUGAGAAAAUUAUAAAGACAAUUUGCUUUACCCAAAAUGUGUGGAUACGAGCUUUGGCCGCAAGAGGAGAUCCGAAGAAAACCUGUGGGAUAUUCUUCUCUUGUGCAACUUUUCCAGGCAGUAUGAGCACUUGAGCACACAGGUGCAAAUGGCUGAGAUGGUUAAUUCAUCACGAACAUCCUGGUAUCAUGGCUUUUCAAGAGAGGCCAUGUGGACUACUUGCUUUUACAAACUACACUGUAGCAUGAAUAUAUUGGAUAUAAAGACAUCUGACAUGCAUUUGAUCAAAUUUACAAAGAGGGGAUCAAAACAAAUCCAGUGUUGCUUAAGUAUCUAAAAAUGUUAAGUGACAUUUUGAGGUUUCUCCACUGGAUCCAAAGCACCAUCUAGUGGCUGUUCAGCACCCAUGGAUUCUCCAGAUGAAGCAUUCAGUGAGGUCCCAUUAAAAAAAACAUAAGUUACUAAUUAUGAUACAGUAUUUCUAAUUAAUGGAAAAUGUGCCAAACUGGUUCACCCAGCAUUCAUUUUCUUUCUGAGUGACAGUAUGUGACUGAUGACAUAAUGGUGUUUGUUUAUGGAAACGUUUCACUGCCUUUAUUUUUGUAUUGAAUUCUACCAGCAUAUUUAAAGUAUAAAGUUAAGUUUUAUAAUUGUUAAAUUAUGUUUAGUUAGUAAAAACUGUACAAUGACUGAAGUUGUUAUCAAUCUCUAAUAGUGUUCCAUAAAAAUGCUGCCAAACACUCAGUUUGCAAGUU